AUGACCCAAGGAGAGCGAUCUGUGGGACCAGAGGGUCCUGCAUUCAAUCGAAUUCCGCCAUGGGUCAAAGCAAAAUUGAGUCCCAUCGCCAUUGAGAAAAUCCGAAAAGUAUAUGACUUUGUUGAAGAAGAAUGCAUUCCUGCAGAGCCGAUCAUGAAAGCACAAAUUGCCGAAGUUGGAAAGAGAUGGACGACUCAGCCACUGAUGAAAGAGCUGAGAGAAAAAGCGAAGAGGGCUGGAUUAUUCAAUCUGUUUCUACCAAAUCACUUUGAGCAAAGUCCAGGCUUGACGAACCUGGAGUACACAUGUUGUGCAGAGCUGAUGGGAAGAGUUUAUUGGGCUCAGCAGACCAUGAACUGUCACGCGCCUGAAACAGGAAAUAUUGAGCUCUUGGCAAAGUACUGCAAUGAAGAGCAAAAGAAGAAAUGGCUUCAGCCCCUCUUGGAUGGAACGGCAUCAUCAGCAUACUCAAUGACAGAGCCAGACGUGGCGUCUUCAGAUGCCACUCAAAUCGGCUGCCGGAUUACACGAGAAGGCGACGAGUAUGUGAUUAACGGAAGAAAGCUGUACGGAAACUGUAUCUGGAACACCGAAAACAAAUUCUUCAUCCUGAUGGGCUGUUCAGACCCAGAAAAUUCCAAUAAAUGGGCUCGUCACUCGAUGGUUAUCGUCCCGACAAACACGCCGGGCAUAACUCAAGUGAGGAAUCUCAUAAUCAUGGGAUAUGAUCAUGCACCUGAGGGGCAUGGGGAAUAUCUCUACGAAAAUGUCAGAAUCCCAGUUGAGAACAUGAUCUUAGGCGAAGGGAGAGCCUUUGAGAUCGCACAGGGAAGACUGGGCCCAGGACGAAUCCACCAUUGCAUGCGCUUAAUCGGGCAAUGCGAGCGAGCCUACGAGCUCGCCCUAAUCCGCUGCAUCGAUACUCGCAAAACCCCACGAGGCAAACAUAUCGGCCAAUUCGACAGCAACAUCGAACUUAUAGCACAGAUGCGACUCGAGAUCGACCAAGCGCGUCUCGUCGUCCUGAACGCUGCGGAUAUCAUGGAUGUGCAUGGCAAUAAAGCUGGGCGGUAUGCCAUUGCGCAGAGCAAGAUCUUGAUUCCGAAUAUGGCGACGAGGGUUGUUGAUGAGUGUAUGCAGAUGUAUGGUGGGCAAGGGUUGACGCAGCAUACGCCGCUGCCGGAGAUGUGGACGUAUGCGCGGUUUGUGAGGGUUGCGGAUGGGCCGGAUGCGGCGCAUAGGCAUCAGGUGGAGAGGGAUGAGUUGAAGAGUGCAGAGGGGUUUGCGGAGAGGAAUAGGAGGUAUAGGAGGAGGUAUCUUAAGCUGGUUGAGAGGAUGGGUGGGGAGGAAGAAAUUUUUUGGGGUGUGACUCCUGAUGUGUAG